AUGGGUCGUCAGCGCGACUCUUGUGGCCGGUGUGGCGGUUUUGCCAGUGCCUCGGCACGACGGUUCUUGGUGCAGAGUCAGAAAAGCACCAUCAAUCUUAAUGCUGCUGUUUUAGCCGGUGCAGUGGGUUGCUCAGAUUCCGGCGCUGGGAAUCACCAAGCGAUCGACCCCGGAGAGGAAAGCUGCUUCUCAAGCUGGCGGAGGGAGAGGAAACGGCACACAAAAGCGAAAGCCACAAAGAAAACUGAUAAACCCAGACAAGAUGAUAAAGAUGAUCUAGAUGUAACAGAGGUAACUAAUGAAGACCUUUUGGAUCAGCUUGUGAAAUACGGAGUGAAUCCUGGUCCUAUUGUGGGAACAACCAGGAAGCUAGAGAAAAAGCUUUUGAAACUGAGGGAACAAGGAACAGAAUCAAGGUCUUCUACUCCUCUGCCAACAGUUUCUUCUUCAGCAGAAAGUACAAGGCAGAAUGGAAGUAAUGAUUCUGACAGAUAUAGUGACAAUGAAGAAGACUCUAAAAUAGAGCUCAAGCUUGAGAAGAGAGAACCACUAAAGGGCAGAGCAAGGACUCCAGUAACACUCAAGCAAAGAAGACUUGAGCACAACCAGAGCUAUUCUCAAGCUGGAAUAACUGAGACUGAAUGGACAAGUGGAUCUUCAAAAGGCGGACCUCUGCAGGCAUUAACUAGGGAAUCUACAAGAGGGUCAAGAAGAACUCCAAGGAAAAGGGUGGAAACUUCAGAGCAUUUUCAUAUAGAUGGUGCAGUAAUUUCAGAGAGUACUCCUAUAGCUGAAACUAUAAUGGCUUCAAGCAACGAAUCCUUAGUUGUCAAUAGGGUGACUGGAAAUUUCAAGCAUGCAUCUCCUAUUCUGCCAAUCACUGAAUUCUCAGACAUAUCCAGAAGAGCACCAAAGAAACCAUUGACAAGAGCUGAAGUGGGAGAAAAAACAGAGGAAAGAAGAGUAGAAAGGGAUAUUCUUAAGGAAAUGUUCCCCUAUGAAGCAUCUACACCAACAGGAAUUAGUGCUAGUUGCCACAGACCAAUCAAAGGGGCUGCAGGCCGGCCAUUAGAACUCAGUGAUUUCAGGAUGGAGGAGUCUUUUUCAUCUAAAUAUGUUCCUAAGUAUGUUCCCUUGGUAGAUGUCAAGUCAGAAAAGACAAAAAAGGGACGCUCCAUUCCCGUGUGGAUAAAAAUUUUGCUGUUUGUUGUUGUGGUAGUUUUUUUGUUUUUGGUCUAUCAAGCUAUGGAGACCAACCAAGUAAAUCCCUUCUCUCAUUUUCUUUCUGUUAACGCUACAAAAUCCAACUGAAUGGUAUCUCUUUGGCCCAGUCAACUUGGUCUCCUAUUUUUAAUAACUGUGUUGAAAAACUUGUGUACGCUUGUUGACUCCAAGAACUAAAAAUAAUGUGAUUUUGCCUCAAUAAAUAUAGUAUUCCAUUGAAAAGCAAA